AUGAAUGAAUGGAUGUGAUCAUAUAAGGGUUAUGAAAAUCAAUCAUGUCAUAGUCGUCUCUUUAAAUUACCACUGAACCUAAAUAAAUGAUUCGCUAAUUGUCUGGUAAACAGUGAAAUAUAUAUAUUUUUUUAGAUGGGUCGAUGAAUAGAUGUGUGUCAUUUUAGUUAUAGAGACCUCUUAAGUGGUGUUGCCGGUAAUUCGGAUCAUUUCAAGUGCUCCACCAGAUCAUCAGCAGGUCACAUUACAGACGACAAAAGGAGACCAUGAGUGACUCUUCUGUUGAGCUUGAGGGUUGGGUGCGGAUGUGGGAAAAACCUGACGGUAUUUCACCGGCUGACCUCUCAUGGGUGAAGAAUGACACAGAGAGAGGGCUCUUCACCCACGUUCAGGUCUAUCAGGACAGUACUGGUGUGCUGAAGAGGCGACGGGUGAUGAAGUCCAACAGGAUGUGGUUUUACCCCCCAGAAUCUCCAGGCUACGUCAGCGAGACUGUGCCAUCACCACACCUCUUCUUUCGGGGUCGCGUCUUUGUCUGGCGGCCCGUUGGAGUGUGGAGAUACUCACUGAGGUGUCCUCGUGGUGAAGAAUGUGCUGGUAGUGGAAAAAACCUGCACCUCUAUCCGUCAGGAUACCACAAUAGGGUUUGUCAGAUCUGCGAUGUCGCCAAUUGGUAUUCAAUGCUGACGGAGGUACUGCGCUGUGGGCCGUGCACCGAGGAAGGGAGGAAGAGUGAUGGUGGCGAGGUGGGUCGUUGGUUGGCAUGGGAUCCUGCAAUACUUUGUCAGCUCAGUGAGGCUCACCAAGCCAUGUUCCCUGCAAUUCUAACUAAUGGGCGUGGUGUGGACAAGAGCGUGAUACGGCUUCUGCGGGACUGUACCGAGAUGCACACCAUGAUGAAGGUGUGCCGACAGGUUCAAGAAAACCAUACGAAGGAGUAUCUCCAAAGGAAGGAUCUGUACACCACCCUCCUGAUGACUCUGAAAAAGCCUGGUGGGAUUGUGUCAGCCUUUAAACACAAGUUUGAGGCUCCACCUCCUCAAAAAGAGCUGCCUUCUGCUCGCCUACUUCGCCAUGCAUUCCUGCUCGCAGAGGCCGGCAAUAUGCAGGACUACACGAACCAGAUUCUGUCCACUUUUGGCACAGUGGUGAAAAUGGACUCAAAAAAGGUGUCUGGGGAAGCUGAAGGCUCCGGGGAGUGGUUCACCAGCAUUGGCAAUGAGCACUCACAAAUAGUCUCAUUUGUUGUAACGUGUGACGAGUCCACUGAGUGUCUGAAGCCCAUGUGUCAGGGAAUUAUGGACCGGUUCCAGCAGGCCAGUCAACCUGUCCCGAAGAUCCUGUAUGUUGACCGUGGGUGCUGUUGUGCGCAAGGCCCAACUGCUGUGGAGAAUUUGUUCCAGACAUGGGUGGACGGUGGUAUGGUCAUCCGUUUGGACCUUUUCUAUUGGAUUCAUUGCUUUGAUGCAGCCAUUCGCACAGACAGCCACUCAAAGUACACAGUGUUCAAGUCUGCCCUUGCAGGAGCGGUGCUGGCUUACAACCGUGCAGACUUACAGCUGCUCAUCAAGGCUGUCAGAGCUCAGGACCUGAAGGCUUUUGACAGCGUAGCUGAUGAAGACAUGGUGCGGCUGUAUGUUUCGAGAGAGCAGCUGAAGCACCAUGUUCGGAGAGUCACUCUUGGGGCUCAGGAGACCUUUCAGCUCAUUCAGAGGGCCAUAGAUGAGCUCAAGGGUCCUGCUGGGAUGGACCAGAGUGGAGUCAGUCUCUUUAAAUCAACAGAAGCAAUAGAUGGCGUGUGGGAAGCGCAGCAACGACACCUUGAGUGCAUACAGGAUCCGCCAGAGAUGAGCAUGUACAGAGUGGCUGGUACCGCCAACAUCAAUGGGGUGGACGUUCCAUACUAUAAGUGUCUCCGUGGAAACAACAGUCUGGAGGGGUUCUAUAAAUCUCUGCCUCACAUGAUCCCAGGGUCUCGCUCUACACGCGCUCUCAAUGUUGUUGUCUGGUCACCCAAAGAGAGUCCAAGACCACUACUUGUUACUGUAAAGGACUCUUCAAGCCCCCACUGUGCCGCACAUCCAUUUCAUGUGCACCUCAUCAGCAGAAUCGCUCGCUGGAACUCAGAACAGAGUCCUCACACAGUGUUUGGUGUCAAACACCAAACGCACAGAUCCUACUCUGGGCCUCUGAUUGAACGUCUCAACACCCGAUGCCAGCAGUUGUUUGGAGAAAAUGUGGAGGAGAAUAUCCAUGUCCCCGCUGCUGUGACGUCAAACGAGCGGCUCGGUUUGGAUUAUCUAUUCAGCCAAAGCACGGGUGAAUCUGGAGGCUUCACCCUCACUGACCUAUCAAAGUACGCACCCAGUCCAGAGGAGGAGGUGAUUGAGCCAGGCCAGGCUGACCCAGAGGAGGAUGACGAGGCAUACCAGAGUGACCCAGAGGCAGAUCAGGAUGUGGUCACCGUUGCUCCAGCACACUUAACUCUAACCACCAAUGAAACUACCACUGCUCAUCCUCCGGCUUUUGAGGAUGCUUGCAGCUCCAACCCUCUUCCAGGAUUCCAGCAGCUGGAGAGAUUCUGUUCUCUGCUGGCUGACAUUGGCCUCUCUGAGACCAAGCUGAGCCUGACGCCGUAUCAGAGGAAUGGGAUAAUUGAUGCGUGGGAUGCUGUGGAAGACCAUGACAAGCAGCCGCAUAAGUUUCUCCAGCAGUACAGGACCCGCUGGGGCAAUACACUGUAUUGCAGAAGAAAGAGAGACGAUCCUGAAGCAGCCAUCAAUCCCAAACACUAUCCGGACAUUCACAACAGACUAAUGUACACGCUGGUCAAACUUCUGUGGCUGGGUUUACCUCACAGUGACAGCAGAACAAGAGAACUUGAGAAAACAUCCAUCCUAGAAACCUAUGACAGAAUUAAGCACUUCAUAUUGGUGGAAGAUCCGGUUCUGUGUAAAGUGGGUAUUCCUCUACCUCAAAUUACCUUGAAGACCAUAUGUGAAGUCAUUCGCCAUCAAGAGACGCUGAUCAACGUGCACCCAACAAGAAUGCCAUCCUCCAUGAUAUUAAAAACCGAACCGAUCUCUCUAGAAGAUUCACCUCCAGCACCAUCUCAGCCAUCAGGUCUUCCUCAUGAAUCCCCAAAGAUGAAGAACCAGCACAUUCCCAUCAAAGAAGAGACUAAGGUCUUGAAGAAAAGAUCAGACGCUGUAGUGCUAGCUCCAUUCCACCCUGAAUCUCACUUGCCCCAUCAGACAAAUGUGGCCUUGUCAACCAUCCUCAGACCUCUGAAUCCCAGAAUCCUUUCUACCCACCCUUUUACACAAGUGACUCCAGCCUCUGACAGGACACAUGUGACUAAAUCAUCCAGCCAGCCUGAUUCCCAUCCAUCCUGGUCCCGAGCCACUAUUUACAAAAGGAAACACAAAGACACGCUAACUCAAGUUGGAGCCAAGCAAUCUCGUGUUCACAACUUGCCCAUUUGCACACUUUGCCAGAAGCCUAUGCAGGGGCAUAAAAAAUACAAAAAGAAGAAUUUUUGUCCUGUCAAAAUGAUGUCUCCCUCUAAAGGAUUGGACAACAGGGUGUUCAGCAGUUAUGAACAUUUUAUGACCAUCAUAGAAAUGAUGUAGGGCUGGGCAAUUGUUCGAAAAGAACAAGGGUUGGCGUGGAUGGAGGUGACGUAUCCCUAGCUGUAGCCACUGAUUAUUGAAUUGUCACAACCAGGGUUUAAUUUGUGCCGGAACACUCUGGAUCCGGCACCUCUGAAAUAUGAAUCAGGCACCUCAUUUUACCGAUCCCCCUCAUCAACUCGACUCCCCAGCCCUCUCCACUUUCGCCUGCUACAACCCCCUUCUCUCAGCUUUUUGUGCGAGACACCUGUCCCUCCACCGGGUAACAUGCCGGAUCCGUUCCACCGAUUUGUUCUGUGACCCCGCAAUUUACAAAUUAGGCCCUGGUCACAACCAACAGUGUAUUCCCCUCCAAAAAAAUGCUUUGUCAAGUCACUAAAGCCUGGUUUAUACUUCUGCGUCGAGUGAUCGGAGUAACCCACGGCGCAUGCAAUGCACGUAGCCGUGCAUUCAUACUAUUGCAUGCUGUUGCUGUUGCUCUGCAAUACCACUUCCGAAACGCUAGGUGGCAGUAAGUUGUUUAUGUUCCUCUAUAUCAAGUUUCUUCUCUGGUGUUUUGUAUUUCUGAACGCUUCCUUAAUGUACAAGUGGCUCAAACUCGCUCAUUUUGGGGCAGGAACCGGCGGACGUGCAACAACUUUGACCAUAAGUUAAACACAAAACAAAACUUUCCAUCCGGUGCUCCUUCAAGGGACUCCACACUUGUAAACAAUCGCUCCAUCAGGCUCGCGCGGUUCUUGUUCCCGCCCACACUCGUCAACGAUAAUAAGCCGACUAAUCACAGAGCUUGCGUUAUGCAUUGUUGCGACUGAAGUAUGAGAGACCAGGAAAAACGGUAAUGUUGGCAGGUAUGGUCAUCAGUUGUAUUCUACUGGGUGACAAUGUUCACUCAAUGUUCUAUAAAUCAUAGACUAAUCUACAAUGGUUUUAUAAACAGAACACUAUAGCCGGAAGUUUGGUGCAAGAAAACAUGGUGAACUUUAGAAUAAACUUUAAAAUGUGUAUGACCUCUUGAAACAUGCCUGCACUGCCUUUUAUUUGCAUCCGUUGAGUUGAAUGCUCUUUUACGACGUGAAUGGACAUGUUUGCUUAAGAAAACAAAGAGUAACUGGUGUGAUUCUCAGCAUUCUCCUACAAGGCUGUCAAGUGGUUACCAGUGUGCGAAUUAUGCAAGACAAUGGGGGAUCUGUAAUGUUAGUGUUUACAUCUGAAUUAUUCAGUAAUCUUAUUUCGGUUUUCAGUGUUGUGAAUGAUAUUGAGUGUUUUUUGUAAAGUAAAUAGGUUUUGUGCAAGGUGUUAUUUCUUUGUUAUAUACACUACCUGACACCACUCUUGUUGUUGAUCCCACCUGUAAGAGCAAUAAAUAAUAACUUGA